GUACGGCCCGCACUGCGAGCGCUCGACCUUCGGCUUCGGCGAGCUCUCGUACAUGGCGUUCCCGUCGCUGGACGCCGGCACCAACGACAUCUCGCUGGUGUUCGCCACCGGCAAGCCCAACGCGUUGCUCGUGUACAACUUCGGCGCGCAGACCGGCGGGCGGUCAGACUUCGUGGCGCUGGAGCUGGUGGGCGGGCGCGCGGUGUUCUCGUACGGCGGCGCGCGCACCGCCAUCACCUCGGUGUCGGUGGGCGUGGCCGGAGGCGGCGGCGGCGUGAGCGAGGGCGGCGGCGGCGCGGGCUCGCUGGCCGACGGCGAGUGGCACAAGGUGACGGCGACGCGCAACGGCCGCGUCAUCGCCCUCAGCGUGGCCGCCUGCACCGACAACGGCGACGCCUGCGAGGACUGCCGGCCCGGCGACGCGUCUUGCUACGCGGACGCCACGGGACCCGCCGGGACCCUCAACUUCAACAACCAACCCAUGCUGGUGGGCGGGCUGGCGUCGGCCGACCCGGUGCUGGAGCGCCCGGGCCAGAUCCACGCGGACGACCUGGUCGGGUGCGUGCACAGCGUGGCGGUGAACGGCCGGCUGCUGAACCUGAGCAACCCGCUGGCCGCGCGGGGCGUGUCGCCCACCGUACGGGUGCUCACGCUGUGGGAGCGGGCCGGCCGCCGCGAGCGCGCCCUCGCCCGCCUGCCCGCCGCCCCGCCCCGCCCCGGCCGCCAGGCCGGCCACGCGCCGCCCAAGAGCCUCAGCCUCUCCUUCCGCACGCUGCGCCGAGACGGUCUCCUGCUGCUCGCGGCCUCCAACAAGGACUUCACGUCGGUGGA